AUGACAGAGCUGCCCUCUAAGCAGAGAGCUAUUGUCGCUCUCGAUGAUGGUAGUCUAGAUCUUCGCAACGAUGUGGAAGUUCCUGUUUUGGAGGAAGAUAUGAUUCUGAUCAAGAAUGCCUUCGUCGCUUUGAAUCCGAUUGAUUCCAAAAUGGUUGGCAAACUGGCAAGCCCUGGCGCCAUUGCUGGCAUGGACUUUGCCGGGGAAGUUGUCUCUAUCGGCUCAAAGGUUCAGACUGCCGCACCGAUCAAGCUCGGGGAUCGGGUUUGUGGAACCGUGCCAGGAAUGCACUCACUGACCCCUACAGUUGGAGCCUUUGCAGAGUUUGUCGGCGCGACGGAUCUUACUACGAUCAAAAUACCGGAGGGUAUGUCCUUUGAACAAGCUGCAACGUUGGGAAGUGGAAUCGGGACUGUUGGGCUCGCAUUGUUCAGAUCAUUGGACGUUCCUGGUUCGCCGAAGUCCCCGUCCAGCAAGCCUGUAGAGGUUCUUGUAUACGGCGGCAGCACUGCAACCGGCACCCUGGCGAUACAGUUACUGAAAUUGUCGGGGUUGAGCCCAAUAGCUACCUGCUCACCAAGCAAUUUUGAACUGGUCAAAUCGUACGGAGCCACAGCAGUAUUCGAUUAUCACCAGGAAACUUGCGCAGACGACAUACGAAAAUUCACCCGAAACUCACUCAAGUUUGUCCUCGAUUGCAUCUCAGAGCCCGAAACUAUGCAAUUUUGUUACAAAUGUCUCGGCAGGUCUGGAGGCAAGUACACGGCUUUGGAACCCUUCCCAGAAUUCCUCCAUACCCGACCAAAGACAGUUGUGCCGGACUGGGUCCUUGGCCCGACACUCCUUGGGAAAAAGUUGAGCUGGCCGGAGCCAUUUGGUAGACCUGGUGGAGAUCAAGAAUCCCGCAAGUUUGGGUUUGAGUGGUUUGGACUUGUGCAGGAACUAUUGAAUGAGGGCAAAUUGAAGACACAUCCGCACAGGGUCGUCGGUGACAGCCUUGCUGGAGCUCUAGAUGGGCUUGAGCUUCUCCGUAACAAAAAGGUUUCUGGGCAGAAACUCGUCUGCCGUGUUGUUUAA